CAUUGUCUUUUUUUUCACUUCAACGAUUUUUUCUUCCCGUUUAUUGCCGAGUCUGCAUUUCGAUUGACAUUUUUAUCUCGAUUGAUAAUAAUUAUAAAUACAAUUUUUUUAUAUAUAUUAAAAAAAAAACCCAAAAGAGAGAGAUCGCUGAGGAAGUCGAGAAAUGGAUUUGGCAGCAAAAGGAGACGAUUUCGAGAAGAAAGCAGAGAAGAAAUUGAAUGGUUGGGGUAUUUUCGGUUCCAAAUAUGAAGACGCCGCCGAUCUCUUCGACAAAGCUGCCAAUAAUUUCAAGCUCGCUAAAUCCUGGGAAAAAGCUGGAUCGACGUAUGUCAAGCUCGGACAGUGUCAUUUGAAGUUGGAUAGCAAACAUGAAGCUGCCUCGGCGUAUGUUGAUGCUGCUCAUUGUUACAAGAAAACGUCCACUACUGAGGCAAUAUCUUGCUUAGUUCAGGCUGUAGAUAUGCUUUGCGAUAUUGGAAGGAUCAGUAUGGCUGCAAGAUAUUUCAAGGAAAUUGCUGAGUUGUACGAGUCAGAUGCAAAUAUUGAAAAAUCUAUGGAAUAUUAUGAUAAGGCUGCUGAUUUCUUCCAAAAUGAAGAUGUAACAACUUCUGCCAACCAAUGCAAGCAGAAAGUGGCAGAAUUUGCUGCUCAGCUAGAACAAUACCAGACUUCAAUUGACAUUUACGAAGAGAUAGCUCGACAAUCACUUAAAAAUAAUUUACUGAAGUAUGGAGUCAAAGGUCAUCUUCUUAAUGCUGGCAUUUGCCAUCUCUGCAAAGGCGAUGUUGUUGCAAUUACCAAUGCAUUAGAGCGAUAUCAGGAGAUGGAUCCAACUUUCUCAGGAACUCGUGAAUAUAAACUGCUUGCGGAUAUUGCUGCUGCCAUUGAUGAGGAAGAUGUUGCGAAAUUCACUGAUGUUGUCAAGGAAUUUGAUAGCAUGACGCCACUGGAUUCCUGGAAGACAACCCUUCUAUUGAGGGUGAAAGAGAAGCUGAAAGCUAAAGAACUAGAGGAGGAUGACCUCACCUAAACAUUAGGUUUCAAACAUAUGUUGUUUCGGUUUCUCAUUGAUAAUUGCCCUGUACUGUGAUGCUUGUCCAGUUGCACUCGUUCACAAUGUGUUCUAUUAUUAAGUAUAUUUGGUUUGGGUUUUACUUGUGUGUGUUUGUGAUCUUUUGCGUCACGUGGUUCCCCCCACGAACUUCGAAGGAGAAAGGGAUUUGCGGAGGAUAAAAUCAAAUUUCUUCAGUCAAACCCUUAUGGUCUCGCCCAUUUGGCGGGUUUAUGACAAGAAAAGAAGCUGUUUAGCUUCUUCAGUCAAUGUAGUUUAGUUGUCUCGCUCGUCCCAUACGUGGAUGUGAGAGGCAAUUAAGAUUGUUGAGUUUGUAAAUCCCUUCUCCCAACAUUCACGUAAGAUUGAGAAAUAAACAGAGGAGGUCUAAAUAUAGCUGUUUGUUUUGGAUUGAUUCGCCUAUCAUUAUAUUA